GCUUCAAGUGAAGCUAUGGAGCCGCUUGUGCUUAUCUUUCUGUCAACGGCCAAAGAUCAGCUGCAUUUGAUUCAGCAACACAGUUGGAAGGACGGUCUCCAGGUCGAAUACACCAUGACAAUGAACGGUGCUUAUUAUGCAAGACCGGCUGCAGUACCCCGAGUAGGGGCAGCUGGUCGAGACGAAUGGCGCCAUGUGUGGACGUCUGAGGGUUUCAGCACAGAACAGAUGGUGGUAGUUCAAGGCGAAGAGGCGCUACUGAGAAUCAGCAGCAGCUUCGAUACCCCUAAUGAGCUGAGACUUGACUAUGUCCUUUCCAAGGUGCCCAGUGGUGAAAUAAUGAGGCAAACCUCUCGCUCCUUCGAACGUUCGCCGUUUAAAGAGACUUGGAAGGCUGCAGCCGCGCAGUUUUUCUCUGGAGUGGACGUGCAGGAGAACUUGAAGACUUGCAUUUCCUGGAUGAAGGAGGCAAAGGCUCAAGGCGCACGACUCAUCGUGAUGCCUGAAAACUCUAAUCGAGACAGGACAUACUUCAAAGAUGGAAAGCCAAGCCGGGAGAUGUGUUGGGAGCUUUCUGAAACCCUUGACGGAAGCUUUGUCAGCGGGAUCAGAAGGGCUUGCAGAGACAUUGGAAUAUGGGCAUCCAUUGGUGUCGAUCUUCGUGGACGACACAAACCGACGGUUCAUAUCGGAAUUCUGCUGAUCUCACCUGCUGGCAGCAUUGUUGGUGCCGUGAAGAAGCAUGUGCUCUGGGACUAUGAGUACACUCUUUUUGAACCCGGAAGCGAGCCCUAUCAGGUUUUUGACACUGAGCUAGGUCGGCUUGGCCUCCUGUGCUGUGCUGAUGGGAUUGUGCCUGAGGCAGCACGCCUUCUGAGUCUCAAGGGUGCCCAGGUAUUGCUGAACUCUUUGAACAGCCGAGGGCCAGAUGAAAUGAGACUGCACAUUCCCCUUCGUGCGUUAGAGAAUUCUGUUUGGCAUGUAGCCUCGAAUACCGUUGGCAACCCGAACACGGUGGGUCUGCUCUGGCCUUGGACAGGCGGCUCUGAAAUUUGUGAUCCUUCGGGUCAGAGAGUUGUAGCUUCGGAGGAGCAUGAUGACAUGGUGGUGGCCGAAGUGGCACCAUGGCAAUCUGAGCUGAAAGUGGCCAGCUGGGGGGACCUGUGGACGUUCCGCCGCCCAGACCUGUACCAUCUGAUGACGGAGCCGCUGGAGAAGGUGGCCAUGAUGCAGCUGAGUGCAACGCAUACUCGCCAGUGUACCGAGUGGAUGACCCAGCGACAGGUGUCAUAUGCCGCGCGGCGUGGAGCCAUGUUGGGAGUUUUGCCAGCUCUCUGGUGUUUUCGUCGUGGUGAAGUAGAAAAAGAUCCCGUGGAAGCUGCUGUGUACUCCAGCGAGGUUCUGAAGAAGUUGCAAAGUUGGUGCAAAGAAAGCUGCUUGCAUGUGUGUUGCAGCUUGGUGGAGGAAGAAGCUGGCUCUCGGUAUCACACCGCCUACUUGAUUGGAACAGAAGGUACAGUGCUGCAGAAGUACCGCAAGACUCAUUUGAACAGAUCAGAAACCUCCUGGGCUUCAGCGGGUGAUCGGAUUGUGGUUGAGUCCUUGCCCAGCCUUGGGCGGGUGUCUAUGCUUAUCGCAGAUGAGGUCUGGAGCCCCGAGCUCUCGCGGUGCAUUGCGCUGGAUGCCGCGGAGGUAGUUCUCCACCCAUCCGACUGGGACAGAAAGGAAGCCGCUGAGAUGGCAGCCACAGAGCGUGCAACUGAAAAUCGUUUCCACCUUGUUUCCGUCAACCGACUUGACAGUCCUGGACAUGUUGGAUCUCAAACUACCCUUGCGGGUGAGUACAUCGGCGGUGAGCCGAUACCACUGAUGCGAUAUGGGCAGGGCAUUUGGUGCCGCUUUGGGGUUGAAGAAAUCGUCAUUGUUGACUUGCCGAGACGGCAGCCGCACUGCAAGAUGAUGGGAGAGCACUUGGAUGUUCUGCAGAAACGCUGGCCUCAACUGUGUGACGUAUGCUGCAAGCCACAACGGUCUCUUUCAUGUUGGCGUGAGAUUACACAGUUGCGGCCUGGUGACUUCCGAGACGACUGGCGGCACAGCUUGGAGCACCAAGUCUUCAGCAAUAAUUCAUGCCGUUUCGCAGAGGACUUUGAAACUCUCUGA